AUGUUAUUAGCUGAUCAAGGAAUUCAUGAUUGGCUGCAAAACCAAGACUUUGCAUCUUCAACCCAAUAUACUACAGAAGAAAAUAAUAAUUCUUUUGAUAAUGAAAUACCUGGUUAUGAACUUCAUCUGCUGCAAUCACCACAACCAACAACAACACCACCACCACCAUACGAUUCAGAUAUUGAAAGUCCAUCAUAUCUUGAAAAAUUACAUAAACGAAGUGAUUUAAUUUCAUUUGAUCCAAGAUAUAAUAUCCCAAUCCUUCGAAUAAACGCUAGAUUAGUAUCCAACUCACAAAAAUUAAAUAUUGCAUUAUUAAAACUAUCUCAAUUAAAUAUCAUCCCCAAGAAUAUUGAUCUUUGGAGUAUUAUUUAUUUCGAAGAUUCCCAAUUUUUCAAAUUUAAACCACAAUUAAUAGAAAAUUAUCAUGAUCCGGAAUUUAUUCGAGAUUUAUGGUUAAUUGAUAGAAUGGAACAACGAGAAAGAGUAUCUGAUGAAAUAACUCGAGCGGCUGCUAUUUCAUUGGAGGAAGAUCUGAGAAAGAAAAUGCUUCGUGGGUUUAGGUUUAGAUUUGGUAGAGAGGUUGUUCCGGUUGUAAGAUCUUGA